UCAAGAGCAUUGCUCAAAUAUAUAGUUUUUCUUUUUUUUUCCUGUUAAAUUUCUUCAUACAUGACUUUUGGAUUCUUCAGCCUCCAGCUUGGCUCCCUGAACCAACAUAGCACCAUUCUUCUUGAUUAAGCACAAAUUGUGCUUUGCCAGCAUCGACCCAGGAACGUUCCUGAUGGCAGCUUCUCAGAUCAAUCCAUGGAAUUUGAUUUCUGGGAUCUUAGGAGUAAUAUGCCUUUCGUUGACGAUUACUACAGGAAUUUUGUUGAAAAAUUUACUUAGUGAACAAAGUAUUCAACCAACAAUGUCUCCAGGACUAACCACAGAAAUCCAAGAAGAAACUGACUGUUGUUCUUGCCAAGAAAGGUGGAUUGGGAACCGAUGCAACUGCUACUUCUUUUCCGAUGAGUUAAAAACUUGGAAAGAAAGUCGUGAUUUCUGCGCUUCUCAGAAUUCCAGUCUACUUCAUAUUCAAGACAUAGAUGAAUUGCAUUUUAUGAGGUUCAAUACAAACUUUUACUGGAUUGGGCUCCAUUACAGUGAAGAACAUGGUGCCUGGUUGUGGGAAAACAACUCCAAUGUCUCCCAAGAUCUAUUGCCAUUAGUUCAAAAAUUUGAUUCAAAGAAAUGUGUGGUAUAUAGCCCAAGCCAAACUGCUUUGGAUGAACCCUGUGGAAGUACAUACCGUUUUAUAUGUAAGCAACAGCUUAUUUAGGUGCUUCUUGGAGUGGAAGGGAUGGAUAAUGAAGGUUCAGUGGUACUGAGAAUAUGACUUUACCUCUACUGUAGGGAUCUGUAAAAUGUUUCAAAUUAUGUCUUAUGGCACAAUUUUCAUAUAUUUGAAACCUGUGUUUUAAGAUUAAUGAAAUUCCCUACAAGCCAGCAAUUGAACUACUAGGUUUUUAUCCAAGGGAUACAGGUGUACUGUUCC